AUGCAGAAAUUUCUAAUCUUCUUGUUUUUUAAUAUUCAAGCAGUUCAAACUUUGGCUCCAAAUUUGUUAUGCACCGCCUAUUUCGAAUGUCUUGACACGAAAACUGCUCUUCUUCAAAAACAAUGCUUGCCGGAGGCGGAAAUUCAAAAAUCUCCCAAAAAAUGCCGUGAAACGCUGAAAGCCGAUUUUGCUGAAAUUGAAAAAAUUCGAGAAUUUGUUGGAAAUUGA